UUUAACGUAAAACACGCACCAUCGAUACCUCACUUGCACGGAGAAAUUCGCCCGAUCAUGUCCAGCAGCGACAUCCCCGUCGUCGAUUUCGCUCCCUACCGCACCGGCACCAGCCAGGACGCUGUGGCGGAUGCCAUUAUAACUGCGCUGCGGCAGCACACGUGUCUGUAUCUAACAAACCACGGCGUCCCUCAACAGCAGCUGGAUGGCUUGAUGCAGCAGUCCCGGCGUUUCUUUGAGCUGCCGGUGGACGUCAAGAACCAGUCAGCGCGGGCGCCGGGAUACCAGCCCUCCCCGGGAUAUAUCGGCCAGGGCGUGGAAUCAGUUAGUGAGGCCGUGGCGCCGGAAGUCCGGGAAUGCUUUGAUCUCAUGCUGCAGUCUUCACCACCGGCAUCCAACGUGGAGGCCGUCCAAUUAACUGACGCCAUGCGGAACCUCAACCAAUCCUUCCACAAUUUAACCCUGGAGAUGUUCGCCUGCAUAAGUCGCGGUCUCCACCUGGACGCUGGCCAACGCGACAACAUCUUCGCUGCCCACGCCCACAUGGGCGACGUGAGCCGCAACAGCACCAUGCUGCGCUCAGCGUGGUACCCGGCCAUGCAGCCGACCGAGCUGGACAGUCACACGCGCAUCUCCCCGCACACCGACUUCGGGACGAUUUCCUUCAUCUACCAGGACGACGCCGGCGGUCUGGAAGUUGACCCUAAUCGGGGAAACUUUAUCCCAGCGGCGCCGCUCCCGGGAGCGCUGCUGGUGAUGGCGGCGGAUGUGUUCCAGUACUGGACAUCCGCAGAGAUCAAAGCCACGAAUCACCGUGUGGUGCCGAAUCGGAAUAAUUAUACGAGCCCGCGACAGAGCUUCGUCUUCUUCGUCGAUCCCGACUACGAAGCACCCAUUGUGCCGUUUGACUUAAGAGCAACCAGGAGUCCGUGAAGCUCGCCAAGGACAUCGUCAUCGAGCGCUACAAGACUGCUUUCCAACACUAAGAAAAAUGUUAUUUACCGCAGUAUACGAGCAAUAAUAUUUUAUUAAAUUCAGAUACCUAAUUCUAAUAAUGAUAUUAGUCAGAUCCCAAAAAUAAAUAACAAAAUUAGUUAAAUUACGCACUGUUACCACUUUAUACGUGCGUACAAGAGUAAAAAAAAUUUUAAAACUGGCCAAAGUUUUUUAAUCCAACGUAAAGGUUAUGAUUGUUAUUUAGCCGGUAAAUGUCGCGUUUGUUAUCGGAAUUAACGAGACUACAAAGUAAGAUGGAAAAAUGUGGAAAACGG